CUCCUCCCGCGGCGGCGGCGGCGGCCACCACGGCGGCGCCGGGAACAGCACGGAUGAGGCGCAUGUGCGCGGUGGACGGGCGCUGGGGCUGCAACGGCUCCUUGCGGAGAGGCCGGGCGGGGCUGGCCGCCGGGGUCGGCAGGGGGGGCUGCGGCGCCGGCGGCGCAGAGGAGCUCUCGGAGGCGGGCGGCGAGAAGGGCUGGCGGGGCCAGUCGCGGGGCUGCCCGCAGCAGCUGGCGGAGCGCUACGCGGACCUGGCGGCCAGCCACUGCGAGGCGCUGCGGCAGCGGGAGGAGCGCGAGUGGCACAACGCGCGGCUGCGCCUGGAGAACGCGCGGCUGCGCUUGGAGAACCGCCGCCUGCGCCGAGAGAACCGCUGCCUCUUCCGCCAGGCCCUGCUGGGGCCCGGCCCCCACGAGCCCGAGAAGGGCGAACGGCCGGGCUCGGACGGGGAGGCGGAGGCCCUGAGGGCACAGCUGGACCGGCUGCAGGAGAAGCAUCGCCGCGCCCUGCAGCAUCUACGGCGCUGCCAGGAGCGGGCGGAGCUGGACGACGGGGAGCUGGAGGACCUCCUGCGGGACGACGCGCGGCCACCCUGUGCUCUCGAACCGGAGGAGCGCGGCGCCAACCGCGUAGGCGGUCCCGACGAGGAGGAGGCGGAGGAGGAGGCGGUGCUGCCCUGCGUGGGGCGCGGCGAAGAUGGGGGCGGUGCGGUCCUUCCGCCCGCCCCGCGCAGCCCCGCGGAAGGUCCGCGCUGAGGGAAGCUGCUUCACAAACAGGCAGCUCCGUGCGGGGUGCGAUCCCCUCGCAUAAACGAGUGCCCCAGCAGCGCUGCAGAAGCUGGGAAAGGGACAAUUGGAAGAGGCCGGCGCUGUGGUCGAAGAAAGCCUCAAAGCUGAUGUUGCUGCGGAGAGAAUCACCCCUGUUGGUCACAUGUCACCUCAGGGCAGCGAAUGUGCUGUAGGCAGGAUCGUGUAGGCCUCAUAGCACAGAGGCUAUCAAAAGAUGGCUGUGGCCAAUUCCUAGUAGUCUGUUAUGUCAGCAGCACUCCUGUGAAAGCCACUGGUCCCUGCAGUUUCACGGUGCCUGGGCGCUGAAUGAGAAACGACACCUGUGUCUCUAAAGAUGGACUUCGUUCACCCUCACAUAAAUACUGAUUUGUAUUUUGCACUUCCGCAUAAAAUCACAAUUGUUAAAUAAAUACAUGACCCAGCAAA